ACCACCACCUUCACUCCUCCGUUCACGUCCCCACUCUCGCCUCCUCGUGUCUUUACGGUCUUCUGCUAUCACCAAAAUGUCUACUGACGCGACUGCCCCCGCCUCCACCACCGCCAACGGAGGCCAGCCGGAGUCUAUCACCUCGCCUUCCGGCAAAGGAAAGGGCAAGCUUGUCCAGGAAGAGGUCAUGGACGACGAUGAUGACGAUGAGGAAGAGGAAGACGAAGAGGAGGAAGAUGAGGACAUGGAGGAGGAUGACUACUCGGAGCUCGACGCCGGUGCAAUCAUUAACACCGGCGGCCGUCGCACGCGCGGUGUUCGUGUCGACUAUUCCUCCGCCGAGGCGCUCGCCAAGGCCGGCCUCAAACCCGAGGACGCGGCUGAAGAUGACGAGAACGAGGAGUCUUUCAUCGCGAAGGACGAUGAGAUGCACGAUUGAUCAUCGUCAAACAAUGAGACACUUCCAUCCUCCUGGGGUUAUGGCGCCCUCUCCACGUUGUCCAACAAUCGUUGCGACCAAGAAUAUCGGGACCAAGACUACGGAAGGCCCGUGUACUUUGUGAGGAGGAUGGAUGGACCUGCUGGCUGUAUUCUUGCGCUGUUGUCUUUGUGGUCUUUGUUGUGAACGGUACCCUACGCCGCCGACGAAUGUAUAAUUACUCGCAUACCGGUCUGUGUGGCAUGAUUUUGACCAAUGUUGACGCGGACGUUGUACCCUC